GCUAAAGAAAGUUGUCAGCCCUGCGCACGAACAGCUGAUUAGCACCUUUCAUGCAGCGCCGCAUUGUACUGUUUACGUAAAAUUUGCCUGAUAGCGGCGUUAAAUGUUUUCUGCCUUAUAAGUUUUUAGCAUAUUUCUAAAACAAGAGAAAAAUUAAAAUGAAUCAAGCCGAUGUGAGUAAGCUGAUGUCGCAAUUGCGGAUUGCAGUGAAACCACGUCGAAAUCUCAAAAAUCCUGAUGGACCUGAGGGACGUUUACUAAAACUACGCAAAACUGUAACUGCGCUGGUCAAGCAUGAGCGUAUAGAAUUGUAUUACAAUCGAGCUGAUGAAGCGCGAGGCUAUGCAGAACUGCUAAUUUCCAACGCAAUACGAUAUGGCGAUCGUCACACAUCCACAAUGGAGCUGGCCGAUUAUUGGUUGCUUGAAAAACAACUAGUUCAUAAGCUUUUCAAAGUUUUGGUGCCACGUUUUGAGAACAGUAAUCUUUCAUAUACCCGCAUGUAUAAAGCACCCCGAGACUAUCCCGGCAUGUAUUACAGAAAGUCGGUUCUGGAAUUGCGUGGAAAUCCCUAUCCAUCAUUAUUGCCUGACUAUUCGAACAAUCGUAAUUUGAUACACAAUAUUUUGCUAGAUGAAGCACGAAAGGAUUAUAGACGUGAGCGGCUGGCGGAAAUAGCUGAUAAAAUAGCGGCAGAAUCUUCUGAUAAUGCUAAGAAAACUGAAAAUGAACCUGAAGCGAAAAGUGUUGAACAAGUGGAGAAAGCUUAAAAAUGUAAAUUAUUAGAAUAUUUUUGUGAAUAGAUUUAUAAUGCGUUAAUAUUGAGUUUUUCAAAUGAUUGUUGUAAAUGUCGACGAAAGUACAAUAAUUAAAUUUAGGUCGUCAACAUAAAAUAAUCUUUGUGAUGAGGUAAAUUUUUUAUGAUUGGAUAUAGAUCUGUCCUAUAUGAGCUAUUUAUGACGGAGUUCCUUCUGAAUGCAGACGGAUGAUUACAAAGCUUGCCUUAGCAUUAAUUAAAU